UGUGAGAUGAAUUUUCUAGAACCGAUGACAUCACUGGAAAUCCCCGCCUGGUAUGCAAAAAUGUUGAAAGACUGUAUAAUUUAUAAAGGAACAAGAAACCAGUACGCAGUACAGCGGCUGAUAAAUCAUAUACGUAAGGAGAAGGAAUAAUCUGAUUCUGCUGACUGUACGAUUAAUAAACCGGAUGCGUCGGAGAUAUAAGUUAAGUUUGUAACAUUUAAUGUGAUUUAAAAUGAACAAGAAAUCAAGUUUUUAUUUUCAUUCUUGCUGAUGGAUAAUGUAUGAAGUAAUAUUGAAAUACAAGUUUUGAUCUAAAAGUGAAAGUGCUUUAAAUUUUAAUAUAAUUAAUAAAUAAAGUAAUAUCGUUAACAUAUACUUCAAGAGCAUUGUAUUACAAGUAACGGAUUCCUUCUUUAGAUCAACGCGAUUAUUUAAAAGGCGGCAUUUAAGCUACUAGUAGUUUCUUUUAUUUUUUCUUAACUAUUUUAAAGCUGGAAAAUAGAUUUAUACAAUCUGAACAAAGCUUUUCUAGGUAAAUUUCUGAAUUAGAAAAGCUUAAUGCUGCAUACUUGUAAGUAUUUUAUCAGUGGAAAUAAUGCUCUCAAUAACUCUACUAACUCUACAAACUAUUGUCAUAUUGAUUACUCCAUGUGUUGCAAUCAAGUCAAAGUUUCGAAUCUUAGACGAUAAGAUAACUGCUGUCGAGAAGACAUUGGGAAGUGAAAUGAAUCUGAUAAAAAACGAAUUGCCGAAUUUACGUUCAGAAUUAGAAGUUGAGAAAGGCAAAAUUGCAAACAUACAUGGUGGACUUGUGGCAGCUAAAGAUUGUUCCUGUUAUAACGACAUCCGUCAUAUGCGAGAGUUACUCCUGCAGAAGGAUCUGCGUCAUCGCUCUGUUGCUGACAAAAUUGACAGUCUGAAAGCAGAGAACGAGUGGAUGAAACAAAAGCUCAAAGAACGUCAAACUGCAGCAACUCGGAAGACAGUAAAUGUUGGCGACCUUGGUUUUCAACAUGAAGACUUUAUACAACGCAGUGAAAAUUUAGCAAAGGAAAACAAAAAGCGUAUCAGACGAUUGCAAAAGUCGACAGAAAAUCACCUAAUGGAUAUUAGAAAGGCUUUCAAAAAUGAGAAGGCUGCCCGUUGGAAUGAUUCUAAACAAGUCGAAAUGAUCAGUAAAAUUUUGUUUAGUGACAUAAAUACAAUAGAGAGGUCUGGAAUCUAUGUAGAUAUGAGACGUCUAAAGGAAAAUGACCAAAAAAAUUAUCGACAAGAUUAGAAUAUCAUUUUAAAUAAAAGCAUUCUUGUCGACCUCAUAGUGCUAAGCAUGUUUCAAUACAGUUGAUAUGAUUUACUCAAAGGUGUAGGAUGGCAGUGUGGUAUAUUUAAUGCAAUAUGCAAAUUGUCAAAAUUGUAUAUUAUUUAAAGCGGUUAGCAUAUAUUUAUUAGAAUUACUGUAGUAAAAUAAAAGUUGCGAUGUGUCCGUGUUUAAAGCAUUUGAACCAUUUUAGAUUAAAUUUGGUACCAAUAUUUCAUGCGUAUUUCGUCUUAAAACCGGAAUACUAAAAUAUGUCAUUCCAAACAAAGCAGCAUUAUAACAUAAUAAAAUAUUGGUUGAAAUCGAUGCAUAGUGAUGAUAGAAAAUAUGUUUAUAAAAAAAUGUAAAAUGUGGAAAAAUUAUUUUGAUAAUGCUCCUCAAACAGUUAAUUUGUGUUCUUCAGUAAAAACGUUAUUAUGUUCAUUGCGUUUUUAUGAUCUUUGGCUACAGCAAAAUAUUGGUAAUAUUGAUAUGUUUCUAGUUAUUGUUAUGCAAAGAUUAAGAGACAAUUUCGUACAAAACUGGCAUAGCAGAUUAGAAGACUGGUCAAGAGCAUUUAAUUACUUGUAAUCUUUUAGAACAAUAUCCUGUUUCAAAUUUCACGAAUAUCUAAAUAUUAUGUUUGUGGAUAACAAGAUGAAACCAGACUACUAAAAUAUUGAAUCCCAAUUCGUAAAGACUUGAUCAUUUAAUAAAAACAGCUAAAUGCUAUCAUAUAUACAUGCACGACCGCGAUACCAAUCUUACACAAUUAUUUCUUAGUAUGUAAGCUUGGUCCUACGCGGCUCCUUCAUUUUAUGUAUUAUACAGAGUUUAAUUUAUUAGACCAUUAUUGCCUUGCAUUUCGUUUCGGCUAGGUUAGUGCGGCCGUUUUCCGUUCUUGAGUCUAUACAAACCAAGGUAGCUAUCAUGGUACCUAUCUACUGCCAGAAAUGAAGUUCAUUUAAUGUGACACAUUGCUGUUUUAUUUAUAUUUUUAUGUUGUUUUUUUUUUCUCAAUAAAAAACAUUAAGUACUAAAUAAAAGUUUGUUAUAGUAAUUUUUGCUUACCAGUACGUUUCGUUAUUAGAUUUAUUCUCAGCAGUAAGAAAUAUUGUCCGACAAUUUAGAUAAUUAUACACCCUUUGCAAUUAUUGAUAUAUAAUAUUUAAUUGUAAUUGUAUCAUUAUGUCAAAAUGUAAUAUGUCAUACCUUCUCCACUUAUAUAUAUAUUUCACUGUUAGUAAUAUAUUUUAUAAAUGUAUGCCACCAUGGAAUGCUUUUGAACAAACACGAAACUUGUUACUAAAUAUUCUUUGUUUAUGUUUGAACGUUUGAUGUCAGUUCCGAUAAUUAUCUAUAUAAGUAAGUAAUGUUACAUUAAUUAUUAAAAUAACAUUACCAAUGAGUACAGUGCAACAAGUUUAGAAUUUUAUAUGAAUCCAUCGGCAGUCAAGUGAACCAAUUGCCAUUUGUUGAAACUUUGCCUGAAAAAAAAACGUUUCAUUUACUGUAUAAACAAUUUUAAAUAGUGAAUCUGUAGUAGCAAGACCCUGUAAAAUCUGACAGUUGAUUACGAUUGCAGCGUAAAGCACUAGGCUAUUUGCUGACAAUCAUUUAUUCUUUGAAUGUUAUUUCGGCCGGCACAGGAAAUUUCUUUUUCUAAAUAAGCGAUGAAUGCAUAAGGUGCAUACUUUGUAGCCUGUCCGCGUACAUGUAGCUUAAUAUGGAGAUCGCAGAUAGUUUAAGGGCGCAUGUUUCUGCCUGAAUGUCCAGCCAGAAUUUUGUCACAUAAAACGACCCACGAAAGAAAUUGUAAUGAAAAUUCUAACAACCGCGGUUUAGAUAUGCCUACACACAUUAGUAAAUUUAAGGCAACAUUUCUAAAGCGAUAUAUAUAAUGAAAUAUUUGUCCGAAUUUGAGAAAUUAAAAGGAUUGUCUUUCAGA